CUGCACACUUCCAAGACACAUGUGCGCCGCUCAACACGCUUGACCUCACCUCUCCAGCAAACGCCUUCAUGUCAUGGACAUAACCUCGCGCUGCUGUGAAACACACACUUGCUGAACUCGACCCUGCCUCUAUGCGCCACUACUCACACCCCCGAGACCCUCCACCAUGACGCGCCGCAUAGUACGGACGGGCAUACAGCUCAUCGCCCUUACCAUCGUCGUCUCCGUCACCGUAUUCUUCCUCGAUAAUCGCUACCGCGUCCUCCCUCAAUCUGUCCACAGUCACAUGCCACUGCACCACGACGGCCUCAUUAUCACCGAUAUCACCGUGCAGACAUGUUCGACAAUCAAUCCCCUCUCCAAAUGUAUGCUCGACCAGAAGAAGUGGCAUCGCAUCGAGAAGGACUUGCACCUCGGUUCGGGAUGGGUUACCAAGUCAUACGUCCACAUCAAGCGCAAGCGGGAAGAGGAGCUCAAGACUGAAGACAAGGUCAUCAUCGACGUUCGCACAGGCAAGCUUGACCCCUCUGUGGGCGAGAAGGCCCAGGCGUCAGAGAAAUGGGAGUCACGGCCAGCUGGCAUCUGGAUCAAGCGCUCGCUGAAGCGUCACGCGAGCGACUCCAAGAAGGCAGUAACGGCCGUCGACAUUCUUUUUGGCGCUGAUGCAGUAGAGCCACGUCCUGGCUGGGAACUGGUCAAGAACGGAGCCCUGCAUCUCGAGACGGGCAAAGCGAGCACCGAUCCUCGUCUCAGCAUACGAAGAGGCCCGGCAGCCAAGGUGGAGAAGCCUGUACCCAAGAUCAGGAAGGAUGGCAAAUUCAAGAUCAUGCAGAUAUCCGACCUGCAUCUCAGCACUGGCCUGGGCCACUGCAGAGACCCGGAGCCCAAAGGCCACAACGGCGGACACUGCGAUGCCGACCCUAGGACCAUAGAGUUUGUCGAGAGAGUUCUCGACGAUGAAAAGCCAGACUUUGUCGUCUUGUCCGGCGACCAGGUCAAUGGCGACACAGCACCCGAUGUCCAAAGUGCCUUGUUCAAGAUAGUCGACCCCCUCGCAGAGCGCAAGAUACCAUACGCAGCCAUCUUCGGCAACCACGACGACGAAGGCACUCUCUCCCGCCACGCGCAAAUGGAUCUCUACGAUUCCCUGCCCUACUCCGUCAGCGAGCCCGGUCCCAACACGAUAGAUGGCGUCGGAAACUACUUUGUAGAGAUCCAAGCCCACAGCAGCAAACACUCAGCCCUAACCCUAUACUUCCUCGAUACACACUCUUACUCACCAGACGAGACCCACUACCGUGGCUACGACUGGCUCAAGCCAAAUCAAAUCGACUGGUUCAAGACCACCGCUCAAGGCUUGAAGGAAGCGCAUAGCCAUUACACUCACAAGCAUCUCAACAUGGCUUUCAUCCAUAUCCCACUUCCAGAGUAUGGCAAUGUCGAAAACGAACGCGUUGGAAACUGGACUGAGCCCAUUACCGCCCCGGCUUUCAACACCCAUUUCAAAGACGCCCUGGUCGAAUACGACAUCAGUGCAGUCUCAUGUGGCCACGACCACGUAAACGACUACUGCUCGCUGUCCAAAGAACCCGAGACCGGUGAUCCAGAACUGUGGAUGUGCUACGCCGGUGGCAGUGGCUUUGGUGGCUAUGGUGGUUACAACAACUACCACCGCCGAUUACGCGUCUUCGAAAUCGAUACAAAUCAAGCACGCAUUGUGACAUGGAAGCGGUUGGAAUAUGGUGACACUGGGAAAAGACUUGAUACGCAGAUUAUUGUGGAUUCUGGAAGGGUCAUAGGGAGACAAAGCGCCAACGACGCGUGAGACACGUGAGUGAUUUGUAGAAACGAUCGCAUGUCAAGGCGUUUAGGAGUAUUAUUAUGGGCGUUUGGAAAAUCACUGCUCUUGGAGAUGUUGUUAGAGAUCAUUCCCAAGGUGGGCUACAAGAUGAGCAAUAGCAGAUUUGAAUCAACAAACGCAAAUUCGAUC